UUGGUUCAUGAGCUGGUAAAACAUGCAUGCAAAUGGACUUGUGUUAUUAGCAGAUAGCUAGUUUCCACUUCUAUGCUAAAUGGUCCAUCGUGUGAAUGUAACAUCAUCAAAUCAUGGCUGAGUUUCGACUGCAUGAGACUUCGGCGGAUAAAGAGAAUCGCAUCAAAAUCAGACUUGGAAACAGAGUUGGCCCAGAAAUUGAUGGCGCCGCGUCUCCUUUGUUGAAGCCUGGCUCAAAUUAUUAUCCAUCAUCCAGUAGUAGUUCAAGGUGUAGAGUCCUGUUCCAGCAGAGCACACCUCGAGCGGGGACCGUGGGAUCUCAUUAUGUUGAUCUCGAUUCUGGUUCAACUGCUGACCUUGAAGUGCCUCACUUUCAAAUGCCAUCCACCAUAAUGAGCAAUCACAGUAUACCAUCUCCUGUGUGGAAAGGAGGGGGAGUCACGCCUUGCAAGCGACGUCGUCUUGUGUCUAAUUCAGUUGUAGAAUCAGAUGAACUAUCAGAUCAUUCCAGACUAUUAAACAGUACAAAUAGAACAGACUCGUCUUGCGAGCUGGACUCGACCCACCUCGAAAUGAGGAGCUACCUGGGCAGCUUCGAAUGUGAGGAGGAUGUUGAGGAAGAAGAGAGAUCACGUCUCGAGGAACUUAUGAAGACCCCAGACGUGAAAACAGCUCACAAACUCCUCUCAACGCUUGCUGAGUUUUCGCCCUCGAACCCUUUUCGAAGUCCCCUGAGAGCUUCAUGUACACCUUCAGUUCUAUCAGCUUCCAAGAAGCACUUAAAAAAUCUGAGUCCUCUGUUGGAAGAUCCGUGCGAGAUCUCUAAUGAUUCGAAUUUAUCAGUACGAGAUGUGCCUCAAUUGAUUUCAGCAACAUCGACUCCAUUUAUUACGAGACCUGAAUUCAGUGCAAUUAUGAAUAGCAAUAACUUAGUGUGCACAGAAACAGUUUCUUCAAGUCAAGAUCAAUUCGAUCAUGAGUCUCGUAUGAUGAAUAGAAGUCUACAUGAAGUCAUGCGUCUUGAAGACGAAGAAAAUACAGUGCAAUUCACGCCAACUCCUCUGGCUAAAACAGAAGGCGCCUAUUGGGCAAUUAACUCAGAGCCUAAUUGGUGGCGACAUAAAGCCAUGCCCACAAGUUGUCCGAAUAGAAUAGUUCCAGAGAACUCAGUUAGGAUGUCCAGAUUGUUUCGACCAGAAGAGUGCAGUCCGCAUGGACCUGUUGGAAUCAUCAGAAAUGCUACACUCCCGUGUCCAAAUUUAUCACCAUCGCCUGGGCCAAGAGUAAUGAAGUCAACACCGUUGGGAAAGAUAAGAUUCAGAGAACAUUCUAGAAGUCCAGUAGCAGAUGGAUCCUUUUCCAACAAUCGGUCACCAACUGUGACUGUGAAACCGUUUGAACGAACUUUUGGAUCUCCAGUUGCUCAUGUUGAACAAAAAAGUUUGGCUAAUGUGAACAUCUAUACACUGACUAAUCAAAGUAGACGACAAACGUGUGAACAAAUUUUGAACUCUUCUUACGGGAACUUGAAUAGUAUUGUAAAACGAAGCACCCCGAAGGCUCCUAAGAGGAAAAAGAGCCGACGGUUAAGUCCGGUCAAACCAUCAGAAGAGUUACUACCCCUGCCCCCCUCUUUGCAGUCUUAUGCUGAGGGCAGUGGAAAUUGUAUAUUUGAAGAGGGCAGCGUGGGCGAAGGGGGAGAUAUGUCUGCGAGAGAGAUGAGUAGAAUGUACAGUGGAUUCUGCAGGGAGUUGUUCAAAGUGAAAUUGCGUCAUGCUGCUAAACAAAAUCAUGAGAAGCAACGGCAGAGAUCAACUUCGGAGGUUUGUUAUGAUCAGAUUUGGAGAGGUCAGACUGAUGUGCAAAGAGACGUGACUGCUGAUGCCAAAUUAUUCCUACUUCGCAAUAAACACUCUCUUCAAUCACUAUCUGUACUAAACAAUGCAAAGCAUAGCAGACUAAAUUAUAACACUAACUCAGCACCCCAACGAUAAAAGACUUGUAGAAAUAUCUCGUCUUCUUCCUUUAUAAUGUAGAUUGAUUUAAACAAAUUUUACUCAAAUAGUACAUUUUAUACCAUAUAGAGAUAGUUUAGAUAAAUUGUAUUGUUAAAGAUCUUCUGUUUUAAU